GUUGCUAAGACAUGUACGUCACUUCCUGGAUACAGGACGCGUUGCUGUUAUCUCACUUCCUGGAGACAGGACGCGUCGCCAUAGAGACAGUGAGAGACAGGCACCGCGGAGAAAUGGAGGCGGACGGGUUGCUGCUGGGGAUGGAGAUGGUGUCCGGCUCCGGUGUGGGGCUGAGCUCGGAACAAAGCGCUGCCCUACGGACAUCCCUCCUGCUCCUCCGCCGGAACGCGAAGUUGUCCGGGCUCCUGUUCUGGGGGAAGAUCCUCGGAGUCCGAGGGGACUAUUAUAUCUGCAGGGGCACUGAGGAGGAGGACGGCGGCGAGGAGCUGCGGAGGAGGCAGACUUUCUACAGCCUGAACUGUAUGGACUGGUGUCUGCUUCCGCCGGCCACCGAGGCCAUCAUUGCUGAGGCGCAGGUGAUUAAAGGGCGAUUCAUAGGGGACCCGUCUCACGAAUAUGAGCACGCGGUGCGCAACAAGGUGGGCGAAGGGGAUGCGGCCUAUGAGGAGGAAGUGACGAGUCACAUCAAAGAGGAAACACGCCUGGUGGCCACCAUCGCCAUGAUUGACAAGGAGGCCGCCGUGGUACCUCGAGGAGCCUUCAUCAAGAAUGCACUUGGACAGGUCAAGAAGAAUCUUUGUUUCCGAGGCCUUACAGUGAGCGAAGCCAAGAAGCAGAGUUCAUUCUUCCACUUCACCUUCACUGUGAACCCCAAGAAGCGGUCACUGCUGGAAAAGGCUGAUCUGGAUCCUUCCAUAGAUUUCCUGGACUCUUUGGAACAUGAUAUCCCCAGAGGGUGCUGGAGCUUGCAGUUUGAGCAAGGGAACAGCGUGGUCAUCCUUCGCAGCCUCCUCUGGAUCGGAAUGACUUUCUAUCACGUCCCGCUCACCCCACAGCACGGGUGCGUCUACAUCGGGACCGGCGAGCGCAACAACGACUUACCCUUCAUGAUCUGAGCGUCCGAGGACUUCCAGCACCCAACGUGACGCAGG